AUGUGCUCGAGCGGAUACACCGGACAAAAUUGCGAGAGCGACUACAUCCCCUGCGAUCCGUCACCAUGUGAAAACGGAGGCUCGUGUCAUCAGCUGGGCGAGCUCGGCUACGCGUGUCACUGUCCCGAAGGCUUCCAAGGCGCCCACUGCGAGGAGAACAUCGACGAUUGUCCGGGCAAUCUCUGUCAAAAUGGUGCCACGUGUAUGGACCGGGUGAACGAGUACUCUUGCCUGUGUCCGCCGGCCUUCACGGGCACGCAAUGCGAGCUGGACGUGGAUGAGUGUUCCGUACGGCCGUCCUUGUGUCACAACGGGGCGACGUGCACGAAUUCGCACGGCAGUUACUCGUGCAUAUGCGUGAACGGCUGGACCGGGCCCGAUUGCAGCGUCAACAUCGAUGAUUGUGCAGGUGCAGCCUGCUUCAACGGCGCCACCUGCAUCGAUCGCGUCGGCAGCUUCUAUUGCCAGUGCACCUACGGAAAGACCGUUCUAAGGCUGGCCAAUCACGGUCAUUCCAUUCUUCAGAGGAAUAGUUGUAAUUGGCCGGUUUUAGAACUAUAA